AUGUCCCCAGCACACGCGCUCGAUAGGUACUAUCUCCUGCUCACCUUCCUCGUCACCGUCGCAUACCAGAUGCUAGGCUUUGCUAUCGCGUGGACGUUCAGGUUCGAUAAGAUCACAGACUUUACAGGAGGCUCGAACUUCUUCAUCCUCGCGCUCAUGACGCUGCUCAUGGGCGGCACGUUCUGCGCGGAGAACCUGCUCGCGAGCGUCUUUGUGAUGGUAUGGGCUGCCAGGCUCGCUGGUUUCUUGCUGUUCCGCGUGCUGAAGCGAGGGAGCGACUCGAGGUUCGACGAGAUUAGGGGGCACUUUUUCAAGUUCCUUGGGCAGAUUGUUUGGGUAUGGACAGUCUCGUCGCCCGUGACGAUCCGCAACUCCCCCGCUGUCGUGGACUUCAACCAAAGUUGCCGUACUCCUGGGUACAAUGGCUUGGACAUAGCUGGAAUCGUCAUCUGGGCUCUUGGGUGGUCGAUUGAGUCUACUGCUGAUAUCACAAAGUACAUGUGGAAGAGCUCAAAUCCACCCAAGAACGCCAUAAUGAGGACCUCUGUCUGGAAGUGGUCCCGCCACCCUCCCUACUUUGGAGAGAUUCUGUGCUGGUGGGGUAUUUGGCUCCUGUGUAUCUCCCCUGCGACGACGCACAACGUACCAGCGUCAUCUCGCUCGGCGCUGUACGGUUCCAUCGUAUCGCCCCUGUUCACGACUGUCCUUCUCCUGUUCGCAUCCGGCAUUCCCCCCGCCGAGAAAUCACAAUCGUCCAAGUUUUACGCGCUGAAGCAAAAGGCGCAAGAGGACCCUGACAAUAACGCCGAGGGCGCGGAGGCGUGGGCGGAUUACCAGGACUACGUCAAGUCGACGUCGGUGCUGAUCAUGAUUCCAAACUUCCUAUACCGUCCGCUGCCGCGUUUCAUCAAGCAGACUGUUCUGCUGGACUUUCCAAUGUACCACUCGUUCGACUAUGAGGGAAAGAAGAUGUCCGCUACACCCACCCCUUCCAGCGAAGGCAGCUGCAAGCACGGCCGCGGGCCGGUGCGGAAGCUCUCGCAGUUUCUUAAGCGCCGCAAGUCACGCAAGGACCUCGCCCGUUCUUCUGAGUCUUCCACGGAGCCACCACCGUUGCCGCCGAAGGAAAGUAUCCCAGUGAUCGCCAGCUCCUUCAAGUACCCCAUGGCACACAGGCACCACCAGGACCGCCAGCGCCAGAUCUCAGAGCCCGCGCCGACGUACACGCACCAGUGGGAGAUCGAGAUGUUCGACUACACCGCGCCGCACCGCCUCGCCCCCGCACACAGCGCGAGCGCCUCCGCCGCCGCCGCCGCCCGCGAGCCGCCGUACCCGUACAACCACCCCAACUUCCCCUAUCCGAAUCUGCACCACCACCAGCCGCACCUUCCGUCGGGACACGGGCACAACGGCGUUGGAUCGGGCACACCGCCCCCGCCUUCGUCGCCCCCGCCACCGUUGCCGCCGAAGAAAGGGGGUGCGGAUGGGUAUAGUCCCACUCUGCGCAAGCAGAACACGCGCACGCAGCCUCCGGCGCCUGAAGAGCGCGCGCGCAUGCGGCAGGCGGCGCUGCGCCAGCGCGAGGCCGACGAGCAGCGCGCGGAGCGGGAAGAGCGGCAGCGCGCUGUGCGGCGGAAGCAGGAACGCGAGGCCGAGGAGCGCGCGCUCGUCGAAGCCGAGGCGGCGCGCAAGGCGGCGCUGCAGGAUGAGCUGCGCUAUGCGGCUGAGCGCAAGGCGCGCGAGGAGCGGGAGGCGCGGGAGAGGGAGGAGGCGCGGCUCGCGGAGAUAAGGGCGCGGAAGAGGGCCGAGCAGGAGCGGAGGAGGAAGUAUACGCUCGAGCUGGAGAGGUGGCGGCGUGAGCAGGCCGAGCGCGCGCAGGGCCAGGUGGCUGAGAAGGAGGCGCUGAGGCGCAGGUCGGAGGAGGCGAAGCGCGAGCGCGUGAUGCGCAUCAACGAGGACGCGGCGCGGGGGAGCAGCACCGGAGAGGGGAUGUGCUGUGGUUGGGUGACGAUGCAGACGCCGGAGAGUCUGGCGUGGAAGAGGCGGUAUUUCAGGUUCGACUUGGAUAAGGGCAGUGUGGCGUUUUACAGGGCUCCGCACGAGAUGACGCGACCUAUGGACACGGUCGCUCUGGACGGCAGAGUCGACCGCAUAUGUGAGUGGUGGGAGGGAUUCGAGGAGCUUGAGGCGAUCCCGCACUCUUUCGCCGUCAAGUUCGUCGACGGGCAGGAUUGGCUCAUGUAUGCGGACACCUCCGACGAGAAGGACAAACUCCUCAUGCUCGUGAGCGAGUCAGCCGGAAUCAUCAUUUAG